AUGAAUGACACAGUAACUAUCCAGACCAGGAACUUCAUGACCCAACCAACUACACUUCAGCGGAAACAGAUGGUCAUUGAUGUCCUUCACCCCGGAAAGGCAACAGUACCUAAGACAGAAAUUCGGGAAAAACUAGCCAAAAUGUACAAGACCACACCAGAUGUCAUAUUUGUGUUUGGAUUCAGAACCCAUUUUGGUGGUGGCAAGACAACAGGCUUUGGCAUGAUUUAUGAUUCCUUGGAUUAUGCAAAGAAAAAUGAACCCAAACACAGACUUGCAAGACAUGGCCUCUAUGAGAAGAAAAAGACAUCAAGAAAACAGCGAAAGGAACGCAAGAACAGAAUGAAGAAAGUCAGGGGGACUGCAAAAGCCAAUGUUGGUGCUGGCAAAAAGAAGGAGUAA